CACCCAUGCAGUUGACUCUUUGGUUACCCCUCAACACCACCACCACCACUUCGAGUGCUCCCCGCGCCGGUAGCCGGUUCUUGGACCCUGCAUAUUGCAGACUGGUCUUUUUUUCUUCUUUUCUGUUCUUCUUUCUUUUCGCUUUGUUAAUCUAGACUUUACCCUCUCCAAGAGAAGCACUUGAGAGUAUUUUUUUCGUGAUUAUUUUGAUUUUCGAGUCACGCGGGGCUACCUAUUUGCACGACGAGAGAAGAUUGGCCUACUAAGAAACCCGCGUUGGCAUCUGCUCUGGAGGCUUCACUGCGCUACCACCUUCCCGUAAUCGCUUGCCUUCUCAUCACCAAUCAAUACAACGCAUCCCCAACAGCAUGUCUCUGACCAAUGCGACGCCCUUGGAGGUGGCCAAAGCCGCUCGAGUCGGGGCGCGGAGGCUGGCUGUGCUGUCGACCGACGAGCGCAACGCUGCGCUGACGGCCAUCCACCAGGCCUUGGCCCAAGGGAAGGAUGCCGUCCUAGCGGCCAACAGGCGGGACCUCGACGACGCCAAUAAGGCUGCAGCUGGCGGCACCCUCAGCCAGAGCCUGGUCAAGAGACUGGAUCUGGGCAAGCCGGGCAAGUAUGAGGACAUGCUGCAAGGCAUCCUGGACGUGAGGCAUCUUGAGGAUCCAAUCAGCAAAAUCACCGCCCGUACCUUGCUCGACGACAACCUCACCCUCUCUCGCAUAACUUGUCCCAUCGGUGUGCUCCUCAUCAUCUUCGAGGCUCGCCCGGAAGUCAUCGCCAACAUCUCCGCACUGGCCAUCAAAUCCGGCAACGCUGCCAUCCUCAAAGGCGGCCGCGAGUCUUCUCACAGCUUUGCUGCCAUAGCAUCUCUCAUCUCCAAAGCCCUCGCAUCUACCGCUGUUCCCCCAGACUGCCUCCAACUCGUCCAGACCCACGAUGUCAUCGCCGACCUGCUCAAACAGGACUCGUACAUCGACCUCUGCAUCCCCCGCGGCGGCAACAAGCUCGUCCGCUACGUGAAGGACUCGACCUCCAUCCCCGUCUUGGGCCAUGCCGACGGCAUCUGCACCACCUACCUCCGCCCCGACUACCCCGCUGAAAAAGCCAUCAAGAUCAUUGUCGACGCAAAAGUCUCGUACCCAGCAGGCUGCAACGCCUUGGAACAGCUCCUCGUCGAUGAAGCUGCUCUGACCACCACUCUCCCUCCUAUUGCCGAAGCCCUGUUGGCCAAAGGAGUCUCGCUCCGCUGCGACGCAACAUCCCUCGCCGCGCUGCAAUCUAGCAAGGCGCUCGACGCGCACUCAGCAGCGCUUCUCCAACCAGCAUCCGCCACCGAUUUCGAUACCGAGUUCCUGGACCUCGUGCUGGCCAUCAAAACCGUCUCCUCGCUUGAUGCUGCCGUCGAGCACAUCAACGCACAUUCGAGCCAUCACACCGACGCCAUCCUCACGCUUGAUGGCACCGCUGCCCGCGCCUUCCUCGCUGCUGUUGACUCGUCAUCCGUCUACUGGAACACGUCGACGCGCAUGGCUGAUGGCCAGCGCUACGGAUUCGGCACCGAGGUUGGCAUCUCGACCAACAAGAUCCACAGUAGAGGUCCCGUGGGCUUGGAAGGCCUGACCAUCUACAAGUGGUCCAUUGUGGGCGAUGCGCAGGUGAGUGGCGAUUACGGCGCUGGCGGGCGGGCGUGGAAACACCAGAAGCUGCCGCUCGAGCGGGGUGACGACGAGUUUGUUGCACGGAGCGAAGAAGAGAGGGAGCUGCUGAGGAAAUUCAGGGCGGGCCGUGUCUAG